AUGUGGAGCCAUGUGAAGCGAGUAUCGCCCGUGGGGAACCAAUCAGGACAAAUAUGCGUACCAUCACACCUCUGUAACCCCGAUACUAUUAAUAACUAUUUUAUAGAAGUGCCAGGAGAUAAUAAAAUAGAUAAAAGUACUUUUAAUUACUUCAAUAGCAACCGAUUAAAUAACACUGAAUUUAAUAUAACAACCGCAACAGAAUCUGAGGUUUAUAAAGUAAUUACAGCAAUUGGAACUAAAGCCAGUGGACACGAUUUAAUUAAUAUAGAUAUGGUUCGUAUAUCUUUACCGGUAACAUUACCUAUAAUAACAGGAAUAAUAAACGAAUCCAUUAAUACUAAGAUCUUUCCAGAUCCUUGGAAACUGGCCAAAAUUAAACCUAUUCCUAAGAGUCCAAAUGUACAGGAAAUUAAUAACCUUAGACCAAUCAGCAUUUUACCUACACUUUCCAAGACAUUGGAGAGGGUAGUAUGUUCACAGCUAACGAGAUAUCUAGAAGAUAAUCAUAUUUUACCAGAAACACAAUCCGGGUUUCGUCGAGGGUAUGGUACGGAAACAGCUCUGCUGCACUGA